GGUCCUGGACGGAUGCGUACAGAUAGUGCCCGGAGCAGUAUAGCCGAUCGUUCUGAACGACAUGAAAGAAAUAAGCUGCAGCUGGAGCUACUAACUAAACCAAUGGAUAGUAAGGAAAAAGAUUUACCGGCCAGGCCGACCGGCACAUUUGGCCUUGCGAAACCAGUGGAUCUGAAAAAGAGAGUCAUCUGA